AUGCGUGCCUCGGUUCCCGCGUAUACGCGCCUCGUAGAGACACUGCGCCCCCAUCAGUACCACCUCGUGUUCCUGCUGUGGAUCGGAGGUGUGCUGCUGGGCGGUACCAUCUACUCGCACUGGUACCAGACGAGCGCGUACAACCUGCAACUUUCGGCGACGCGCGCGAUGGACUAUGCUGCGCACCGUGCGAUGCAGCACGACGCGCCGUCGAUCUUUGCAGACCGACGCAAUCUGUUUAAUGUGUUGUUCAUCAAGCGCGCGUGGUUCUGGAACACACUCGCGGUACUGCUGGUCGCCUGCACGCUCGAGCGCGGCUCGGGCGGCCUGCGUGGCGAGGUGGCGCAGCAGGUCGCACCGCGCCCGAUGCGCUCUGCAUCUGACGCACUCUAUACCAAGACCUUUUGGCGGUGGCUCGAAGCGACAAUCGGCUGGUUCUUUUUCUCGCAGUGGUUCUUUGGCCCGAGUCUCUCGGAGCGUGUGAUGAUCGCGAGUGGCGGCCAGUGCGUCGUCAACUCGAUGUCGGUCGAUCCCGCGCUGUGCCACUCGCACGCGGCGCUGACGCACGGUGCGCAUCCGGAGCUCUUUUCGCAGCUCCCCGAGCCGGUGCAGAUGCUCGGCAAGUCGCAUCCCCUCUAUGCCAACUGGCACGGCGGCCACGACGUGUCGGGCCACACGUUUAUCCUGGUGCUUGGCAUGCUGCUUGUGAUGGAGACGCUCAUUCCCUACGCCCCGUACAUCCUGCCCCAGUCCUCGGCGCUGCGCGAUUCGAUUCCCCGGUCGCUGUACGCCGCACAGAACGUGUUCCAGCUGCCCGGCCAACGCAAGGCCAACCUUGCUGUCCUCGGUUUCUGCGUCGCGCUGCUGGCGCUAUGGAGCUCGAUGCUGCUUGCGACGUCGCUCUAUUUCCACCACCCCGGCGAGAAGCUCACCGGGUUCCUUUCGGCACUGGCCGUGUGGGCGCUCAUGCCGAAAGAGACGGUCCUUGCCUAG